GAUCAGUCCUAUUGGUCGAAAUUCCAGGAUGUGUAAGUGCUCCAGGAAUCCGGAAACUUAAGAAGGAAGUGGAGAUUGAGGCGAAAUAAAAUGAAAGCAGAACUGGUGAAGCCUGAUCUUGAGGGGGAAAAGAAUGCAUUGGCCGCUAUCUAGCAGCGGAAUUAGUAGAAAGUUGGUGUGGAUCCCUGACUCUGUGAGGGAGUGAGGAGGAGAACCAGACUCCGCAAGAGAUUGCCGGGCUUAAGGUACCUGCAGCAACUUCCUUUUCCUGAGGGUGAGCGGCUCACGGGUGGUACAGUGGAAAACUCUCUGAAUCUGGAGUCAGAGGUAUUUUGUUCGCGUCUCUGCCUGUUCACGUACCUCUGUGACUGACAGGUCAAAGUCCAAAGGAAGUAAAGCCAUAAUUGCCCAGGAAACUAAGGAAUUGUUUGCUUGCUGAUCUUCUGUGUGUUAUUCAUAAGCUUUGGAUCCUAAACUCUGUUAUUUUAGCAAUAAAGAAAACACCCAUGGACCCAUCUGUAGUCACUGCUCUUGGUCUGAUAUUCUGUGUGUCAUGUCUGCUACUCAUUUCGGCAUGGAGAAAGGGCUUUGGAAAAGGAAAACUCCCACCUGGGCCUACUCCUCUUCCAAUUAUUGGAAAUCUGCUGCAGUUAGAUACUAAGAAUAUAAAUAAAUCCUUUUGCGAGCUGGCAAAAACCUAUGGUUCGGUAUUCACUCUGUACUUGGGUUCUGAGCGUGCUGUUGUGUUACAUGGUCAAAAGGCAGUCAAGGAAGCUCUGAUUGGUAAUGGAGAUGCAUUUGCUGGCAGAGGAAGCUUCCCAAUAUCUGAAACCAUUAACAAAGGAUUGGGACUGCUUUUCAGUAAUGGAGAGAGAUGGAAGCAAAUUCGUCGCUUCUCCCUCAUGACCCUGAGGAAUUUCGGUAUGGGGAAGAGGAGCAUUGAGGAGCGAGUCCAAGAAGAAGCAAAGCGCCUGGUCGAGGCAUUAAAAAACACAAACGGAUUGCCUUGUGACCCCACAUUCAUCUUUGGGUGUGCUCCCUGCAAUGUCAUCUGCUCAGUUGUUUUCCAGAAACAUUUUGAAUAUCAAGACAAGAAAUUUCUAACUUUAAUGGAGUAUUUAAAUGAAAACCUCCAAAUUCUCAGCUCCCCAUGGAUACAGGUCUACAAUCUUUUCCCAAGUCUAAUCCAUCAUCUUCCAGGAAUUCAUCAUAAAGUAAUUAAAAACUUUCGUGCACUGAAUGAUUUUGUUUUGGAGAGGGUAAAGGAACACCAAGAAACCCUGGACCCCAAUGACCCUCGGGACUUCAUUGACUGUUUCCUGAUGAAAAUGGAGCAGGAAAAGCAAAAUCCAAAGUCUGAAUUUAUCAUUGAGAACUUGGUCUCCACCACUAUUGAUCUCUUUGGAGCAGGAACAGAGACAACUAGCACCACCCUAAGAUAUGGCUUCCUGCUUCUGCUGAAGCACCCUCAGAUAGUAGACAAAAUCCGUGAAGAAAUGGACCAAGUGAUUGGCCAAAACCGAAGCCCCUGCAUGAAAGACAGAAGCAGCAUGCCUUAUACGGAUGCUGUAAUCCAUGAAAUUCAGAGAUACAUUGACCUUGUCCCCACCAGCCUGCCUCAUGCAGUCACCCAAGAUGUUCAGUUCAGACAAUACCUCAUCCCCAAGGGCACGACCAUCAUACCAUUACUGACUUCUGUUCUGUAUGACAAUGAAGAGUUCCCCAAUCCAGAGCAGUUUGACCCAGGCCAUUUCCUGGAUGAAAGUGGCAACUUUAAGAAAAGCGACUAUUUUGUACCUUUUUCAAUAGGAAAACGGGCAUGUGUUGGUGAAAGCCUGGCUCAGAUGGAGUUGUUCCUCUUUUUUACUACUAUCUUACAAAAUUUUACCUUGAAGCCUCUUGUUGACCCAAAAGACAUUGACGUCACUCCAAUUUCCAACGGGUUUAACCAUGUGCCGCCUUGUUAUGAGCUCUGCUUCCUACCUUCCCAGAACAUGUAAAGGACUCCCCCUCCACCAGUUAGAGUGCCUUCUCACUGUCCUUCACACAUUAUACUCAUUCUCUUGCCUGGCAUUCAAAAACUCCCUUAUUUGGCCCAAUAUGUACUUUUCCAGCUUGAUUUCCAACUUUGACCAUAAUCAAAAUAGAUUAUAAACCUUCCCAUCACCUCCCAGGCUUCCUACCACAAUGUUUUUGCUCUCAUUCCUUAUUCCUUGACUUUUUUCUCCAACUCCUCAUCUCUCCAUGUUGAGGUACUACCCAUCCUUAAAGAGCAGUUCACACAUGGGACUCUACAAUAAACAUUUCAUUGUAUUCUCA